UUUCAUACCAGAACUUAAUGAUGAAUUGCUUAACAAGGUUUUAUUAUCUUAUCUGUGCUUUCCUCUUAUUGUUCUUGUUUUCCUUAUCUUAUGCAGAACUGUGCUCACCUGACCAAAGUUCUGCAUUGCUCCAAUUCAAGCAGCUCUUUUCUUUCACAAAUGGUUCUUCCUUCAAUUGCGAGUAUUUCCCAGACCAACCUGUUUGUCAAGGAGCAUGUCCUUCUUCUCCAAAAAUAAAGUCCUGGAAGAAGGAUACUGAUUGUUGCUUAUGGGAUGGCAUCACUUGUGAUAACGUGACUGGUCACGUAAUUGGUCUUGACCUUAGUUGCAACUGGCUUCUCGGUAACAUCCCUUCCAACAGUAGCCUUUUUCUUCUCUCUCAUCUGCAAAGCCUCAACCUUGCUUUCAAUGAUUUCAAUUACUCUCAAGUUUCUUCAAGUUUCAAUUGCUUCCCGAAUUUGACACACCUUAACCUAUCCAACUCAAACUUUUUUGAUCAAGUUCCAUCCGAAAUCUCUCAUUUGUCCAAGUUAGUUUCACUUGACCUCUCUUACAACUAUUUAAUCAUCAAAACACCAGCCUUGAAAGGAAUAGUUCAUAAUUUGACCAACAUAAGAGAGUUUAUCUUUGAUCAGGUAGACCUGUCUACCAUAUCACCUCGUUCCUUGUCAAAUCUAUCUUCUUCUUUGACAUCUUUGAGUCUUGGAUCUUGUUUUUUGAUUGGGCGUUUUCCAGAUAACAUCUUCCACCAACCAAACCUGCAAAAACUCAAUUUAGGAUUCAACAGCAAUUUGACUGGCAUUUUUCCAAAGAGUAACUGGAGCAGCCCACUCAGCUUUGUGAAUGUCUCGUUCACAAACUUCCAAGGAGAAUUAUCCAAUAAUGCAAUCAGCUCUCUCAAGUUCUUGAACACUUUGGAUCUCUACUACUGUCAUUUCAAUGGUUCGAUUCCUGCUUCACUUGGUAAUCUUACCAAACUUGUUUAUUUGGACCUAGCAUACAACCAUUUCACAGGUUCUAUCCCGUCAUCACUUUCCAAUCUUGUGCAGCUGCGUCACCUAACUUUUAGAGACAACAGUCUCACUGGUGAAAUUCCUGAUAUAUUUUUCAACUUAACCCAACUUUCUUUAUUUGAAGGGUCCUUUAAUCUACUAUCUGGUCCAAUUCCUACUGAUGUAAGUCGGCUAAAAAGUUUGGUCACUCUCACUUUAAGUUCCAACUUACUCAAUGGGACAAUACCAUCCGGGCUGUAUACUCUCCCAUUAUUAAAGAACAUUGACCUCAGUUGCAACCAUCUGAUAGGUAACAUCAAAAAUUUUCAGAACUCAUUGCGAGUCAUCCAGUUAAAUAAUAAUGGGCUGAAUGGUUCAAUUCCAAAUUCAAUUUUUGAGCUUGAGAAUCUAACCGAUCUUGUACUUUGUUCAAACAAUUUGAGUGGUGCUCUAGAGCUUUACAUGUUUACAAAGCUUAAAAACCUUCAAAUUCUUAAUCUUUCUCACAAUAAUCUGUCAUUGAGCACCACAUACAAAGUCAAUUCUUCCUUUCCUAACCUCUAUUGGUUAGGAUUAUCUUGUUGCAACAUGAGAGAGCUCCCCUACAUCUUGAGAAAUCAUAACCAAUUGAUGAUUUUGGAACUUUCUGAGAACAAAAUCCACGGUGACCUUCCCAUUUGGUUAUGGGAAUUGGGAAUGGAAAACUUGACUUUUCUAAAUCUUUCCCACAACUCUUUGGAAGGUCUCGGACAGUUUCCAAGCGUAGGGCAGCUUCCAUGGAAGCUUCAGUAUCUUGACGUAAGUUCCAACUCCAUUGAAGGAUCCUUUCCAAUUCCACCACUUGGCACGACGGUCUUUUUGAUCUCAAACAAUAAUCUGUCAGGAGAGAUACCUCAGUCAAUUUGUGAUACCAACACCAUUGAAGUUCUUGAUCUUUCUUACAACAAUUUGAGUGGCAGAAUUCCUGAAUGUAUGGGAAAUUUCAGCAUCAAUCUUCAGGUUUUGGAUUUGCGGAAGAACAAAUUUUAUGGCAAAAUUCCUGGAACAUUUACAGAGGGAAGUAAUUUGAGAACACUUAACCUGAAUAACAAUGGAUUAGAAGGACCAGUCCCACGAUCUCUAAUCAAUUGUGCAAUGCUCGAAGUUCUAGAUCUGGGAAACAACAAAAUAAAUGAUAUUUUCCCAUUUUGGUUGAAAAGUCUUACAAACUUGCAGGUACUUGUUCUUCGUUCUAAUUACUUUCAUGGUUCUGUAUGGCAUUCUUCUGAUCAUGAUAAUAGUUAUUUCCCUAUGUUGAGAAUCUUUGAUCUCUCAAGCAAUCGAUUUAGCGGUUCUUUGCCAACAAGGUACUUCGAAAAUCUAAAUGCUAUGAUGAUCAAUGGUGAAUCUGCGAAGAAGUUGAAAUACAUGGGUGGGUUGUAUUAUCUAGAUUCUGUGGAGGUGGUAAUGAAAGGCAGGGAUAUGUUACUGGUGAAAAUUAUGACCAGUUUCACAAGUAUUGAUUUUUCACACAAUUACUUUGACGGAGAGAUUCCAAUAGUAAUUGGAGAGCUUCAGGGUCUUCGACUCCUCAACCUUUCCCAAAACAGUCUAGGAGGUCAUAUCCCUUCAUCUUUAGGAAAUUUGAUCCUCCUAGAAUCCUUAGACCUAUCGUCAAACAAGCUUUCUGGGCAAAUUCCAUCACAGUUGGUAGGCUUGACAUUUCUUUCAAAGUUAAAUUUGUCACAAAACCAACUUGUGGGGCUUAUUCCUCAAGGAAACCAGUUUAAUACCUUCUCAAGUGAUUCAUACAAUGGCAACUUGGGAUUAUGCGGACCUCCAUUGACGAAAAAAUGUGAAGAACCAACAUCAUCAACAUUCCAUGACGAUGAAGACCACAACAUGUCAAACUGGUUCGAUUGGAAAGUCAUUAUGAUGGGUUAUGGAUGCGGUCUAUUGCUGGGCUUGCUUAUUGGAUAUGCUGUUUUCUCAACAGGAAAGCCGCAGUGGUUUCUAAGGAUAAUUGAGAAAAGGACUCUGGGAAAAUCUCAUUAGAAGAUGCAAUGGAAUGUUUGGAAGAGACCAAGCAAAAAUGGUGCUCUAAUUAAGAUGUUCACAGCUGAUUCUGCGGUUUCUGUGUGAGAGCAUGAUUGAGGAGAAGCCCUUAUGGAAGACUUAGAAUAGGUGCAUUAUACGAUGUUGCUCUUAGAGUUCUAUCUAUAUCUAUGAUGUCAGAGUAUCCUACAAGAAGUUAAGUAAUUGCUGCAAUAUAUGUUAAAAGAGUAUUUUACAAAGUUAAUUUGAUGAGCCAUUGAAUGA